CGGCGGGCCCCGCUCUUGCACCUGCGCGCGGCUCUCCCGGCCCCUUCCGGCCUGGCGCCUGCGCAGUGCGGCGGCGUUGCCUCCCGGGCGCCUGUCAGUCAGUCAGUCAGUCGGUCGGAGCGAGCAGAGUCGCGGCCGGGCCCGAAGCCGAGCAGGAGCCGCCGGCUCGAUGGGGCCGUAGCCAGAGCAGGGGAGGAGGAGCCGCCGCCGAGCCAGGGCCCCGCCAUGGCCGACCCGGCCCCCGCCCGCAGCCUCGACGACAUCGACCUCUCCGCCCUCAGGGAUCCGGCCGGCAUCUUUGAGCUGGUGGAAGUGGUCGGCAAUGGGACAUACGGGCAGGUCUACAAGGGCCGUCAUGUCAAGACCGGGCAGUUGGCCGCUAUCAAAGUCAUGGACGUCACCGAGGACGAGGAGGAGGAGAUCAAGCAAGAAAUCAACAUGCUGAAGAAGUACUCGCACCACCGCAACAUCGCCACCUACUAUGGGGCGUUCAUCAAGAAGAGCCCCCCUGGGAACGACGACCAGCUCUGGCUUGUCAUGGAGUUCUGUGGGGCUGGCUCCGUGACGGAUCUGGUGAAGAACACGAAAGGCAAUGCGCUGAAGGAGGACUGCAUCGCCUACAUCUGCCGGGAGAUCCUCCGGGGCCUGGCUCACCUCCACGCCCACAAGGUGAUCCACCGGGACAUCAAGGGCCAGAACGUGCUCCUCACGGAGAACGCCGAGGUGAAGCUAGUUGACUUUGGGGUGAGUGCCCAGCUGGACCGCACCGUCGGCCGCCGGAACACCUUCAUCGGCACCCCUUACUGGAUGGCCCCGGAGGUGAUCGCCUGUGACGAGAACCCGGACGCCACCUAUGACUACAGGAGCGACAUCUGGUCCCUGGGGAUCACGGCCAUUGAGAUGGCGGAGGGCGCCCCACCCCUGUGUGAUAUGCACCCUAUGCGGGCUCUCUUCCUCAUCCCUCGCAACCCCCCGCCCAAGCUGAAAUCCAAGAAAUGGUCCAAGAAGUUCAUCGACUUCAUUGACAACUGCCUGGUCAAGGCCUACACCAGCCGGCCCCCGACGGAGCAGCUCCUGAAGUUCCCCUUCAUCCGGGACCAGCCCACCGAGCGGCAGGUCCGCAUCCAGCUCAAGGACCACAUUGACCGCACCCGCAAAAAGCGGGGGGAGAAAGAUGAGACCGAGUACGAGUACAGCGGCAGCGAGGAGGAGGAGGACGGGCGUGGCGAGGAAGGGGAGCCCAGCUCCAUCAUGAACGUGCCGGGCGAGUCCACCCUGCGGCGGGAGUUCCUGCGCCUGCAGCAGGAGAACAAGAGCAACUCGGAGGCCCUGAAGCAGCAGCAGCAGCAGCAGCUGGCCGCCCAGCACCGCGACUCGGAGGCCCACAUCAAGCACCUCCUGCACCAGCGCCAGCGGCGCAUCGAGGAGCAGAAGGAGGAGCGCCGGCGCGUCGAGGAGCAACAGCGCCGCGAGCGGGACCAGCGGAAGCUGCAGGAGAAGGAGCAGCAGCGGCGGCUGGAGGACAUGCAGGUCCUGCGCCGCGAGGAGGAGCGCCGGCAGGCCGAGCGGGAGCAGGAGUAUAUCAGGCACAAGUUGGAGGAGGAGCAGCGGCAGCUGGAGAUCCUGCAGCAGCAGCUCCUCCAAGAGCAAGCCCUGCUGCUGGAAUACAAGCGGAAGCAGCUGGAGGAGCAGCGGCAGUCGGAGCGGCUCCAGCGCCAGCUGCAGCAGGAGCAUGCCUACCUGAAGUCCCUCCAGCAGCAGCAGCAGCUCCACAAGCAGCAGCAGCAGCAGCAGCAGCAGGAGAAGAAGCCCCCCCUCUACCACUACAACCGCAGCAGCAGCGCCGCCGCCGACAAGCCCACCUGGGCCCGGGAGGUGGAGGAGCGGACGCGCCUGAACAAGCAGAACUCCCCCUCGCCGGUGGCCAAGACGAAGCUGGGGGGCUCCGGGCCAGAGGCGGCCCCCCAGCCCCGCCCCGAGUCCGUGUCGCUCAACUCCUCCCCCGCCUCCCAGACCCCACCCAUGAUGCAGCGCCCCGUUGAGCCCCAGGAGGGGCAGCACAAGAGCCACCUGGCCCACCGCGUCCCGCUCAAACCCUACGCUGCCCCCGUCCCUCGCUCCCAGUCGCUGCAGGACCAGCCCAGCAAGAACAUGGCCGCUUUCCCUGUCCAUGACUCCACCACCUCCUCCUCCUCCUCCUCCUCCGCUGCCGCCGCCCCAUCCCCACCUCGAGCGGGCAUGAUCCGGCAGAACUCCGACCCCACCUCGGAGGGGCCUGCCCCCCAGCCGUCCCGGCCCACCGCUGAGCAGCGAGGACCGUGGGUCAAAAUGGAUGCCGACGCCCCCCCCAAGGUUCCCCAGCGGACAUCCUCCAUCGCAACGGCCCUCAACACCAGCGGGGCAGUCAGUGGCGGGGGCGGAGGCGGCAGGGCGGUCCACGCCGUCCGAGCCAGGCCCCGUAGCAAGUCUGCGUGGCAUAUCCACAUGCAGAGCCGGCUGGAGCGGGGCCCCAAGUGGGGGGAUCCUCCCCGGGCCCCCACGCCCCUCCAGCCCGCAGGCCGGCCCCCGGCCCGGGACCCGGUUCCCCCUGUGCCAAGCGCCAGUAGCAACCCUGACCUGCGGAGGAGCGACCCGGGCUGGGAGCGUGCGGACAGUCUCUUGCAGUCGGGCAGUGCCCACCUGCCCCAGGCCGGCUCUCUGGAGCGCAACCGUGUCGGCGCUCCCCUGAAACUGGACAGCUCUCCGAUCCUCCCGCCAGGAAACAAGCCCAAGGGAGAGGACCACCGCUCCCGCCCCGGCCGGCCGGCAAGCUAUAAGCGGGCAAUUGGCGAGAACUUUGUGCUGCUGAAGGAGCGCCCGGAGGAGGCGGCCCCCAAGCCGCUCAAGAAGGCCAUGGACUACUCCUCCUCCAGCGAGGAGAUGGACUCCAGCGAGGAGGAGGACGAGGAGGAGGAGGAGGAGGAGGCCGAGGAAGGGGAGCGCUCCGAGCCCGGGACGGACACCCCCGGGGCCAGGGACGGCGACACAGACUCCGUGAGCACGAUGGUGGUGCACGACGUGGAGGAGCUGGCGGGGGGCGGAAGCGGCGGCUCGGAGAGCUCCUAUGGCGAGGGCACCAUGCUGGCGCAGCGGACCCCGGAAGAGGAGCGCGGCCUGCUGCACAGCGACAGCAACGGCUACACCAACCUGCCCGAUGUGGUCCAGCCCAGCCACUCGCCCACCGAGGCCAAGAGCAGCAACGGCUCCUCCUCGCCGGCCAAGGACACGGCCACCGACUACCAGUCCCGAGGGCUCGUCAAGGCCCCUGGCAAGAGCUCCUUCACCAUGUUUGUGGAUUUAGGCAUCUACCAGAGCUCCCCCGGAGGCGGAGACACCAUCCCCAUCACUGCGUUCGAUCCCGGGCGGCUGGAGCAACUCCAGCUGGAAGGCCGGAAGGGCUCCAUGGUCAACGUCAACCCCACCAACACGCGGCCCCACAGCGACACCCCCGAGAUCCGCAAGUACAAGAAGCGCUUCAACUCGGAGAUUCUCUGCGCUGCCCUGUGGGGGGUCAACUUGCUGGUGGGCACCGAGAACGGCCUGAUGCUGCUGGACCGGAGCGGGCAGGGCAAGGUCUACAGCCUCAUCAACCGCCGCCGCUUCCAGCAGAUGGACGUCCUGGAGGGCCUCAACCUGCUCACCACCAUCUCGGGCAAGAGGAACAAGCUCCGGGUCUAUUACCUCUCCUGGCUACGGAACAAGAUUUUGCACAACGACCCCGAAGUGGAGAAGAAGCAGGGCUGGACCACUGUGGGGGACAUGGAGGGCUGCGUUCACUACCGCGUGGUGAAGUACGAGCGCAUCAAGUUCCUGGUCAUUGCGCUCAAGAACUCGGUGGAGGUCUACGCCUGGGCCCCAAAGCCCUACCACAAAUUCAUGGCCUUCAAGUCUUUUGCUGACCUGCCUCACCGGCCACUGCUGGUGGAGCUGACGGUGGAGGAGGGCCAGCGCCUCAAGGUGAUCUACGGGUCGUGUGCCGGUUUCCACGCCAUCGAUGUGGACUCAGGAAACAACUAUGAUAUCUACAUCCCAGUCCAUAUCCAGUCCCAGAUCAGCCCCCACGCCAUCAUCUUCCUGCCCAACACGGAGGGGAUGGAGAUGCUGCUCUGCUACGAAGACGAGGGGGUCUACGUCAACACCUACGGCCGCAUCAUCAAGGACGUGGUGCUGCAGUGGGGGGAGAUGCCCACCUCCGUGGCUUACAUCUGCUCCAACCAGAUCAUGGGGUGGGGUGAGAAAGCCAUUGAGAUCCGCUCAGUGGAGACGGGGCACCUGGACGGCGUCUUCAUGCACAAACGGGCCCAGCGCCUGAAGUUCCUCUGUGAACGAAACGACAAGGUCUUCUUUGCCUCUGUCCGCUCCGGAGGAAGCAGCCAGGUCUACUUCAUGACGCUGAACAGGAACUGCAUCAUGAACUGGUGAGGGGGGGCGCUGGCUCCUCUGGCCCCUCCCCCUCCUCGGUGGUGGUGGGAGGAGCCUGCCGGAUGCCCCGCCCUGCUCCGUGUGCAGCCAAUGCCUGGGCGGCCCCUCCCCACCCCCACCUCCCCCCGGCUGGCUGGCUGGCUGCUGCUCUUGGGUGCAGGAGCCCUUCCUUCCCGCUUUGGGCAGCGGGGGAGAGGCUGGGGGGUGGGGGGGCAGGCAGGACCCCUCUCUGCAGCCGGCCAUCACACCAGGCCCCUUGCAGAAAGACGGCUCUGUGCUGGUCCCCCCCCCUCCUCCAGGGCAGGGAGACAUGCACGAGUCCCCCCACAGCCCCAGCCCAUUACCCCAGAACUCAGCAGAAUUUCAGUGGGGAGGAGGCAGGCGAGGGGGCCGGAGGAGCAUGGGCAAAGCCAAAUCAUGUACAUAAAAAACACUGGGAGUGCGUCCUCCCCCCCCCCGCCCACAGUAGUUCUCAUGGAUGGU